AUUAUUUUUCAUCUAUAAAUACUCCACCCCACUGCCCGUCCAUCCCCGUUUCAUUUUCUUUGCUUUUGCUCUCAAAGUCAAGUCAAUUGCUCAACAUCAAAGGUUUUGGAGGCAAAGGGUGUGCUUUUAGAGAGUGGAAAUUUGAGUCAUCUAGAGAAAGAAUGGAGGUAUAUGGCAAAUCAAUGGUUGCUGGUCCUACAAAUGUUAUUUAUUUGUCUACGAUUCUGGGGCGGGAUGGGCCAAAUCCUGUGCACAAAUGUGAUUGGAAAUGUGAAAAUGAGCAUAUGUUUGGAAACAUGUACACUUGCAAAUUAACAGGAUUUACUCACAUUUGUGACAAGAAUUGUAACCAGAGAAUUUUGUAUGAUAAUCAUAGUUCGCUUUGCUUGGUGAGCAAACAGAUAUUUCCCCUUUCGCCGGCAGAGGAACAGGCUGUUAGAGGUGUUCGGAGGAAGCUUGAUGCUGAGAAUUCCCCCUCUGAUAGCUGUGCUUUUAAGCGCAGACGGGAUGCACAGUGUCAUCCUUCUCCUUUCGAGAGAUCUUUCUCCUCUGUCAGUCCAAUCUGCAGCCAAGUUGGAGAUGGCAUGGAUAUGAGCUAGAUAUUUUUAUUAUCUUAUCACUUUCCUUUGAAAAUUUCUGCUUUUCGUAUUAAUGGAACGAAAUAUCGAUAACAGACUUGAUUCGCUGCUAUAAUUCAGGACCUGUUGCAUCCUGUCUUCGUGUAGGAACACUUUUUAUAUUUCUUGUCAUAUUUUAAUUUGAUGUAGUUAAUCGUUAGCUUCUUCCCUAUUAGUAGGGGAUCAUAUUAAGACUCUUAGUACCUCUUUAUGAACUUUGAAUUGAAAUUAACUUCUCUCUAACGCUUCUGCUCCUAACUUAACCCAUUAUGGUUUCUCUUAUGGAUUCUAAUGGUUAUUAUUUGUCCAUUUGCUACUUAAUUUUAAUUGCUCCAAUUUUAUAUGUUUUGGAUGACAUUUUAUCUUUUGAUGAUUUAUAUAUCUUGGUAAUGGGCUUGCUUUGUAAUUAUAGUGUGGUAUUAUUUUGGCAUUGUACUUAUUCUGAUUAUGUAAUAUCUCUUUUUUGUGAGUUACUAUUUUUCAGUGGCUUAAAUUUUGCUAUGAUUUCUAUAACUUGUUAGUUUGUGUGAUUGACUGUGCAGUAACAGGUUUUCAAGUUCUCAUAAUGAAGUCUUUUUGGUUUGCUAUCUGGUAGAAAUUUCUCUGAAUAAUGUUGGUUAAUACUGUUUAUUUCUUACAGGUUGAAGAGCAAUGACAAUAAUAUGUUCAUUGGUGAUUCAUGUUGUUUUUUCAUCUGUUCAUUUUCCUUUUCAUGCUUUUCUUCUAUUAUUUGGAUUUAUCUGUUAUCUGGAUUCCUGAAAUGAAUGUUGAUUUUGCAGGGACUGAAAUUGUGCAAUCAGGAGGCUUUAAAUUUGCCUUUUGCAUUUAUGAAUGAACUGUUUUAUUUUAUGUGUUUCGAACUUUGUGGUACAGAGCUCUGAUGUACAUUCCUUAUCGUUUCCCAUGCAGGUAGUAUCAUCUUCGCCCAGAGCUGUGCUGAACAAGGUGAUGGCAGAGAAAAAGUUUAUAUCUGUCUGCUGUUUCAGGAUUUGGGCUUGUUGAAAGGAAUUCAGCAGCUCCAUCUCUUGUUCAGCUGUGGCAUUAUGGAAGAAUGACUGCAUCUUCAACCACCUAACUUUUCUCCAGUUGUAGACAUUUAGCAGCUUGAGAAAGUUGCCAUCCUAAGACUGCCUCAUGCCAAAUUCAUUGCACAGCUGAUGAAGAAGGACAAUCCUUGCAGCAACUCCCAACUCGGUUGCCAUUAGCCGCUUUGUUACUGCAACAUACCUGAUCCGAUGAUACAAGCAAUUCAAACCAUAGCUUUGUCACAUUCAAUGACAGUCCUGGGAGGCACAAUUUACUCAUUUGGCAGCAUGAGAGUGUUGCACAGCUUAGGAUUGCCUCAUCAUGCCUUAUUCAUUGAACAUCUGUCGGGGAAUGACCAUCCUUGGAGCAAUUUCCUUUCUGAUUGACCAUAAUAUAAGCCAUUUUGUUACUACAAUAUGUCUGAUCUGAUGGUUCAAGCAAUUUGAAGCCUUGGUGUUCUCACAAAGAAAGAAAAAUCUAGGAAGUCCCUUCAUCUUAUCCUGGUAAUUUAUCAUACUGCUGGGCUAAUUUUCUUAGCACCUUUUGAUUUUUUCAUGAAUUGGCCGGACAAGUAACAAUCUCUCAGGAUGAAAUGUGUGAAAGCAUUGAAUUUUGAGCCAGAAACAGUUUUGUAGUUCUUUGUAUUUACUUAAACAUGGGGAUAUCUUCAAGUCAAACCCAAUGAUGUUCACAUGUUCA